UUCCUUCGAGUUGGAUGCUGACAGCAUCCUCCAACUUGUGUCUAUAAACGUAACUUUGUUGAAGUCCCGUUGCGACUGUCUCGGUAUCUAAACCAUGGGCAGCGGUGAUAGGUUGUAGUUGGCGGUGCAGUGUUUCGCCGCACUCUGCAUUCGCUGUUGUGUGGGGCAGAGCCGGACUACUCUCCUGGGUGCGAGGAUGCACCAUCCCGGGGCUGUCUCCCAACAGCAGGGUAUCGAAAUUAAAAGCACGUUUGGCAGGAUGGACAUUUGAACCGACGAAAGCGAACGGGAGGUGGACGGGGUGGGAGGGAGGUAGGCGCUGGCGAUGGGGAGCGGCGGUGGGCUCGGCCCUGAGUCUACAGGGGAUGUAUCCCGUGUCCCUGGACGACAACUCGACCCUUCUCCCAAGAAACCGGAGAUGGUCGUGGGCGCGAACUUUCCAUGUGCGGCCGUUCUGUUCCUGUAUGUGUCCGGGGCGCUGGUGGCAGCAGAGUCGCGGGUCGCGGCCGGGGACACGCCGUGUGUCUUUCACCGCCACUACUACUGUGUGUACCGCCCGGAGCGGCUGCGCUGGGCAGCGGCCGAGAAACUCUGUCGGCAGAGGUUCGGGUUCUUGGCCAGCGUCGCGACUGCCGACGACAACCUGAGACUGAGCGGCGCCCUGCGGUCGGUCGGGGUGACCGAGUCCCUGUGGAUCGGAGCCAGAGUGCGGGCGGCGGCUCCCGGUACCUUUGGUUCACACAUUCUGACAUUUGCCACCAAAACUGACACCAAAUAUGCCAAACUUCUCCUGCAGUUUCCUCAAAUGCAUUCCGUGACCAUUUGUGCACAAGUGCAAUUUGAAGCGAGCUACGUGGGAGUUUCCACUGUCUUCUCCUAUUCAAUUCCAUCGUUUAUCAACGAGUUUCAGCUGCGUGCAAACAUUGUCCAUGAGCAACAAAUCCAACUCGCGCUGCUUGUCCACGGGGUCCACACGCCUUACUCCCAGGCGGUGGAGAAUGAUGGCAGAUGGCAUCACGUGUGUUUGAGCUGGAGCAGCCAUGGUGGGACCUGGGCCAUUGCAGCAGAUGGAUCUGUCAUUGCAUCUGGAGAUCACCUGUACAUUUCUGGAGAUAUAGGAGCAGGCGGAGUUUUCAUCAUUGGCCAAGAACAGGACACAUUUGGCGGAUCAUUUAAGAAGGACGAAUCGUUCAUUGGGAAUGUUACACAACUUCACAUCUGGGAUCGUCUUCUGAAUGCCAGUGAGAUCCACGUUCUAGCAGGAAAUUGUUUGGUUGUUCCACUCGGAUUGUACUUUCAAUGGAACCUCUCUGUCUUUGAAGUUGAACCAACAGUGCAAAUGCACAAAGGAUUUUCCCAGUGUAAAGGUGAUGGAUUCCAAACGACAGAACCGUUUGAUGUUGCCUGGGUGGAUGGAACGAUGUCCUCAUUUCACAACAUCUCGUCAGAUGUCGGGCGUCCGGUGAACAAGGGAGAGUGCGUAGCCUUCAACCCACUGAGUGCCGUGUGGACCUCUGAAGACUGCUCCAAACAGAAGCACGCACUUUGUAGAUAUGGCAAAGAGGUUUAUGAACAAAUGCAAGUCUUUACUUCUCUACCUCCCUCUGCAUUAUACCUACACGUAAAGGAAAAGCCUACUGAUGUUUCAAUGGCAGAUUAUCUUUUGCUGAACAGAAGUGAUUACCCGCGAGAUAUGAUGAGUGCAAAUGUCCUUGCCAGUGUGUUAGUGGAAGCCGUGGAUGAAAGUGGCCUGGGGCUGACAGCUGCCGACCUGCUGGCUCUGACACGGUUCCUCGGGAAUGUUGCUCAGCUUGACUUUGAGGCAGAAGGGAACAAUUCAGAAACAGUUCUGAGCUUGGCCACUAACUACGUGAAAUUGGCUAGCAAAAUGAUAGAUGCUAAAUGUUCCUUGGAAUGGCUCAUGAUAUCCGAGGUGAUCCCUGGUCCAUACGUUAUAAUUCAAAGUGUUGAUAUGUUGACUGAAAGGCUGUCCAGUAUUUUGCUUUCUAUUAAACCAAGUAUUGUCCUGUCCACAGACAACAUCGAUGUGCAGAUGAAAGCCAGCCGACUAUCCAGUGUGGAAGCUGGUCUUGUCUACAAACCAACGUGUCUUUCUGCUCGGGAUCGAGUGGAUGAAAUCCAGGUUCCUGGUUCUGAGAUGUCUCGACUUCUCACUCUAGGGUACAAUGAAUUGAUAUUUAUACACGUUUACUACCGUAGUGUAGAAAAUCAUUUGGCACCUCACAACGUAGACUCUGUAUUGGUGGCCGGAAGGAAAGAAAAAAGUGAAAGCAGCCGAUACAACGUCAUCUAUUAUGAUUCCAAUUUGCAAGCAAGCCAGCUUCAAACAGCUGUAAUCUCAUCGACUGUACGUGAUCCAGUCAGAGCAAGAAACAUCCCCACAGCUGUGCAAUACUCUCUGUCACAUCGCCCUGUGGUUGGAUUUUCGAAAUUCGCCACCCCUGCAUGUGUGUUUUGGAAUUUCAGUCUUCAAGACGGCCGUUUUGUCGGAUGGUCAAGUCAAGGUUGCCACGUGAUCCGGGCUGAGUCUGACAUUACCGUCUGUUUCUGCAGCCACACUACUAACUUUGCCGUGUUGAUGCAGUUCACAGAAAUACAGUGGGGUGUGGAGACUGAGACGGUUUUAAACAAACUGACAUUCAUUGGAUCUGGAGCCUCUCUCUGUGCCCUGGUGGUGACUUUGAUUCUUUUCACUGUGCUGGAUAUUCCAAAGUCUGACCGGACUUCCAUUCACAAAAACCUGUUUGUGGCUCUGAUUGCAGCACAGAUGGUGUUACUGAGUAGUGACUCGGCAACAGACAGUAAGACUGCAUGUACGGCAGUCACUGCUCUUCUGCAUUUGUUCUUCAUGGCCGCAUUUGCAUGGAUGAUGGUGGAAGGGCUGCUUCUCUGGAGUAAAGUCGUCACCGUCAACUUGAGUGAAGAGCGGAGGAUGAAAUAUUAUUAUUUCAUCGGAUGGGGUAUUCCGGUUCUAAUAGUGACCAUCACACUGGCAGCGGCACACGACAAGUACAUCGCCGAUCGCUACUGCUGGCUCAACGUCCACAAUGGAGUCAUCUGGGCCUUUGUUGGGCCUGUCAUCUUCAUCAUCAUGGUGAACAUAUUUGUGCUGACGCGGGUUGUACUGAUCACCAUGACUACAGCCAAGCGGCGGGCGAGCAUGCUUGCUGUCAACAGCAGUCCCAUGGAGCAAGCCUACGACCAGAUAAGGGCUGCAGUGAAAGCAGUGCUGGUACUCUUACCCAUUCUGGGACUCACGUGGCUCUGUGGAGUACUCGUUCCCCUCUCUGUCGUCAUGGCCUAUACCUUUGUCAUCCUCAACUCCCUGCAGGGUCUCUUCAUCUUCCUGAUAUAUGGAGUAUACAACACAGAGGUAAGAAGUACAAUCAAAAGACUACAAGAGCGAAGAAAAGCUUUGAACUUUUCGAACUGUGCCACUUCUCGGCCGUCGAGCUCCUUGACCAGCUCCAGACCUGCCAGCUCCCCCGUGACAGGCUCGGAGAGUCUCGCCAAGGACGAGAUUGCAGACGGAGUCAACCUGCAGGGCAUUUGCAAGAUGUCCUUCUACGACAACAGUGUCAUAUACGAAAAUACAACUGCUGCGAAUGAAAGGCAGAUGUCCACACCCAGCCUGCCAGCAGGAGCAGAUGAUGAGCUGUCCAGCUGUUCUCAGAGCCCCUCCACCUGCACCAAGGGCUGCAAAGCUGCCGACCCACUUGCCGGAGGACAGGAGAACAAGGAAGAUGUUUGCAGCCUGCACGUUCCGCUGGAGCUGGAGGACCACUCUUGCCUCUCGCUGAAUGUCACGACUAUAAAGCGAGUUGGCAGCUUGUAUCUGGACUGAUUAAAUCAAGAUGACAGGGUGUCCUUCUGACUUGUGUUAUGCACAAGGUUGGGAAGUAACGGUGUUGCAGCGGAACCUUGGUGUGCGGUGCCGAAUGCUCUUGAGUGUCUUUAAGAACUCUGGUAAAGCAGAUUGAUGACGGGCGUUCUGUCAUCAUUAAUACUCCGGCACUCUCUGCCACCUAAACAAUUGCUAUCCUUCAUAAGACCAAGGAGGUUAGUCUCCAGUUUAACUGUGUUCCACUUGACUAAAACACAUCAGACCAACAACAAUCCUUAGGGAAAUGGCAUUUUGAGUUUUUACUGUGAAACAGUGUUAGCAACUAUUAUUUAUUGCUCUUUAUCUUAUAUCUGGAACGUGACUCCUGACUGAAAUAAUUACUCCAGUUGAAAGUAGCAAAAGUAAUGAUUGUGUGAGUUGUAGUUAUUAACACUUGUAGUAAAAACCGAUGGUCAAAGUCAUACAAUAUAAAGAGCAACACGACCUGACGUAGCAACCAAUUCUUAAACACCGUGCAUGUAACUAUCUUCAAUAUUAAUCAGAGGUUGUCACUCUGCAUAGUAACUGGACCUUGGUAUUACUCUGUAUCUGUUUUACCAAAUAUUAAACAUUAUUCGUCAAUAACCACAAAA